AUGCCGCCAAAGACUAGUGGAAAGGCAGUGAAGAAGGCUGGUAAAGCCCAGAAAAAUAUUAGUAAAGCCGACAAGAAGAAGAAACGGAGGAGGAAGGAAAGCUAUGCUAUUUACAUUUACAAAGUUUUGAAACAAGUGCAUCCGGAUACUGGUAUUUCAAGUAAAGCCAUGAGCAUCAUGAACAGUUUUGUGAACGAUGUUUUUGAACGCAUUGCGGCUGAGGCAUCUCGCCUGGCCCAUUACAACAAACGAUCCACGAUUACGUCUCGGGAAAUUCAAACUGCAGUACGUUUACUUCUUCCUGGUGAAUUGGCUAAGCACGCGGUCAGUGAAGGGACAAAGGCCGUUACCAAAAAUUAUUUCUUUGCUGCUGAUUUGACUGCUUUCGAUGCCGCGGCUUUCUUUGGUUUUGGUGUUUUCGUCUUAGCUGCUGGCGCUUUGGUCGUCUUCUUGCUCUUCGAUAUGGCUUUCGAUUCGGUCGCUGGUUUAGCUUUCUCGACUUUUUCGGGUUUCGGUGCUGCCUUAACGGCUGAUUUCUUUACAGCUGUAGAUUUCUUAGUAGCUUCAGUUUUCUUCGGAGAGCUUGGUUUCUUCGUCGGCGCAGGCUUUCGUGCUGGUGUCGUUUUCUUUUCCACGGAUUUUUUAGCUUUCUUCAGUUUUGAUACUUUGACAGUUCGGUGAAUCUUCUUCGAUUCGGAUCCCUUAAUUGUCGAUAGUUUGAACGAUCCGGAAGCACCUUUACCUUUUGUCUGAACAACAGCUCCAGAUGUAACAGCCGACUUUAAGUAUUUUUUAAUGAAUGGCGCCAAUUUCUCUCCGUCGACUUUGUACGUUGUUGCAAUGUACUUCUUAAUCGCUUGGAGUGACGAUCCUUUGCGGUCCUUCAGUUCUUUAAUGGCAGAAUUUACCAUUUCGGAAGUUGGUGGAUGAGACGAUUUCGGACGUUGCGAUUUUGUAGACUUCGGCUUCGCGGUCUUCUUGACCGGAGUAUUGCUCUCCGCACCUUCCACAGAGGUAUUUCCACCAUGUGCCUUGUCCUCCAUUUCAACAGUUAUUAAUGCAAAUAAUUUCUUCUUCUUCUUCGUAAAAUGAAACGAAAUUCAGCAAAAAACAAGUAGCACAACGAUCAAUAUACUGAUAAUACUGAGGAAUAAUCAGACACCCCUGUUACGCGCAUAUAACCAGAGAGCGCCGACCAUAGAGAGAGACCCGCUGAAUAUGUUGAGCGCUGGGUUUCUCUAAAAACGGUGAAGCGGUAAAUAAUCGUUUAAAUUAAAGUAUGAUUAUUUAAAAUAAUGCAUCGAUCAAGAUACAAAAACUACAUGAACAGGUAGCCAUGUGUAUCCGGUCUUAUUCAGUAGCUUUUAUUUCCCGCUAAAUGUUAUUCGCUUUCGUGCACGGCAUGAUUUUCGAACGAGUAUCUCUUCACUGCAUCAGGAUUGCUUGUGGAAAAAUAACAAUAAUUCUUCAGUUAUCGCAAAAUUAAUAGGAAAUUUUCGUUAUUAAUCAUUCUAGUAGGACCGACGCUGCUAAUUAUCAAGUAUUUCUCGUAAAAAUUUGAUUAAUGGUUGUAAAAUUAUAAGUUUAAAAUAGGCACUGCCGGAAUGCAUAGUCUUCUAGAGAAUGGACGACGAAGCCUGUCUUGAUGUUUUAUAACUCAAUGAUCUAUGGUAUAAAAUUGAUGUAAUUUUAGCUGAAUCGUACAUCGAUGAUAACGAAUAAUGGUAAAACAAUUAAAAUAUAUAAAGAAUUAAUCGAGGAAAAGACCGAUUCAGUACCUUUGCUUCGAAUAUGAUGCACAAAAGUCAUAACCUCAUUACUGAAUAAAAAACCAAGAUAUUCAUUAUAAAUCAUGCAAUAUUAAAUUUGAUUUUUCUUUUUUUGUUAGACUCAGACUAUAUUUUAA